AUGAAGGAUUUCAAGCCAAUCCAUGCUCACAUCCUCCGUUCCGGCCAAAUUUUGGAUUCCUUUGUUGCUUCCAAGAUGUUGGAAUUCUGUGCUGUAUCUGCUCGGAACAUGGGUUAUGCUCUUCAUAUGUUCAAUAACAUCGAAUUGCGAGAUGCCUAUAUGUGGACAACCAUGAUCAGGGGCUUCGUCAAGGUCCGAAUGCCAGAGAAGGCAAUCGAGUUUUAUUAUCUGAUGAGAUCACAAGGGGUUGAACCCAAUAAGUUCACCUUCAUUUUUGCCCUCAAAGCAUAUUCUUCAAUACCCAAUUAUCAGGAAGCCAAAAUCCUUCAUGGGAAGCUCCUGAAACUUGGGUUUUACUUUGAUGAAUUUAUUCGUAACGCGCUGAUCCAUCUGUACUCAAAAUGCGGAGACAACAUGGCUGCGAGUUAUCUGUUCGACGAAAUUCCCACUGAUAAUGUGGUUAUUUGGAAUACAAUGAUAUCAGCGUGUUUUGCUUCUGAUGAUAUUGAGAAUGCGCAGAAGCUGUUUGAUGAAAUGCCCAACAAAAAUGUUGAGUCAUGGAAUGCUGUUAUUUCUGGGUAUUCUAAGCGUGGCCACAUUGAUGUUGCAAGAUCGUUGUUUGAUGUUAUGCCUGAUAGAGACUUAGUUUCAUGGAGUGUGAUCAUUUCAAGCUAUGUCCAGAGCAGAAGUGCAGCUGUGGCCUUGAACCUUUUCAAAGAUAUGCAACUUUCUGGGGUUCGGCCUGAUAGUGUCACCAUGGCAAGUGUUCUCUCCGCUUGUGCUCAAGUUGGGGCACUAGACAUGGGUAGAUGGAUCCAUGCCUACGUGGGCAAGAACAAACUAAGGCAUGAUGUUUUCUUGGGCACUUCCCUUGUAGACAUGUAUGCCAAGUGUGGAUGCAUUGACACAGCCCUUCAAGUCUUUAACAGUAUGCCCCAAAGAAAUGUGUGUUCUUGGAAUGCUAUGUUAGGUGGGCUUGCCAUGCACGGCCAUGGAGCCGAUACACUAGCGCUCUUCAGACAAAUGGAAAUCACUCACGUGACUCCUAACGAUGUAACCUUUGUUGGAGUUCUUUCUGCCUGUAGUCAUAUUGGUUUGGUAGAUGAGGGCCACAGGCAAUUUGAUCGAAUGGAGGAGGAGUUCAACAUCACACCAAAGAUUGAACACUAUGGUUGUAUGGUAGAUAUUCUUGGACGAGCAGGUCUCAUCGAUGAAGCUAAAAUUCUAAUAGAAAACAUGCCAAUGGAGCCGAAUGUAGUUGUAUGGGGGGCUUUACUAACUGCAUGCAAAAUCCAUGGGGACAGUGCUGUUGGUGAGGAGGUGAUUAGAGGUCUAAAGAAGAUGGCAUUGGGAGAUGGUGGGUGCUACGUGCUCUUAUCAAACAUUUAUGCAGCUGGAAACCAGUGGGGUGAAGUUGAGAAAAUGAGGAAGAUGAUGAGAAAUAUUGGAACUGAGGAGAAGGUACCUGGAUGCAGCUCUAUUGAGGUCAGUAGUGUUGUUCAUGAGUUCUUUGUGAAUGACAAGUCUCACCCUCACUGCAGAGAGGUUUAUGAGGUUGCAAGUAGGAUAAGCAAACACCUAGAAGUUGAGGGAUAUGUGCCCAAUCCCUCUUUGGUCUUGUAUAAUAUAGAUGAAUAG